AAGCAAAUCAAAUUCAUUCAUUCAUUGCCGCGCAGGCCUGACAGGACAGUCGUCGAACGCGACUGGUUGUGAACGAACAAUGUAAUGAGGCGCGCGCGUUUAACGAACUUUUUCGACGUUUAAAAAACGAUUUGACAGUUACCUACAUUUUGAGUUGUUUUGAUUAGUUUGACAACGACCAUCGAAGUUUUGGAUUUACAGAGCUGUGAUAAUUGUGAUGUUAUGAUUGUGGUGUUGUGAUCAUUGGUAAAAUGUUGUGAGAUGCUCGUGGGGGAACAGUCGCCGGCACCACGAGUGGUGGCCGGAUUGAGGAAGUUGAACCCUGAGUUGACCCCGGGCCCUGUGCCGACACCAGCUGAUCCAAAUUUGAGGAUAUCAGGAGUCCUCCGUCAGUAUUACAAUGACGACAACGUAUCCUGGGCGUGGGUGCGGGCCGCCGUGCGAGGCGGCUGCCUGCUGGCCUGGCGCGAGGGUACCCUGCCUAGGCGGCCCGCUGCCAGGCUGCCCUUGCGAGGGCUCCACCUCCGCACAGCACCUACCCUGCCUAAUGCCUUCCAGUUGUCGAGGAUGCGCGACGACUCUGCCGUUGCCACUUUUCAGACAUGCAAUGCGGCGGAAUAUGCCAAAUGGGUGCGCGCGCUCUGCGUCGAGAUACUCGGCCAAACACCGCUACCACAAGUCCGAUUCCUGGACGUACUGUCAGCCGCGGACACAGCCAAAGAACCAAAGAAGGAGGCCUCGCUCCUGGAGACGCCCUCCUGCCCUCCCCGACCGCCGCCGCGGGCUCGCCGGAGGCUGCUGACCUCCACCGAGACGCAGCUGCCGCGCCGGGACCACUCGCCCGCCGCGACCGACGAGGGCAUCGUCGUGGAAGACGACGACUACGACUCAUCGUCCGAUCGCAGCCUCGACUUGACCCUCUCCCUCGACGCUUUGAAAACCACAGACGUGGUCGACGCGCCUGUGCGGAAAGCGGAGGUCAUCAAAUGCGACAACUGCAGCAAACUGAACGCGCAACACCACACGCUGCCGCGCGCGGCGCGCUCCGGGGAAUCGGAGCAAGGUCGCCAUCGUUACCUAAAACGCUGGGAGGGGACGGCGGGGGGCGCGGAGCGGGGCAGGCACGCGAUGGAGGCGGCGAGACGGAAAACCGCAUCGCUGGAGAGCAGAGCGAGGUCUUGCUCGCCGAAUGCGCACGAGGCGGUGGCGAAGUACGUGCCGGUGAGGGAGCGAAGGGCGCUGUUUGAGAAUUUGUCGAGGAGCGGGGGGUGUGGUGGGUUGGCUAGGAGUACGGAGCAGCUGACGCAGCCGCUGGUGGCGGAGACGACGCCGCGGCGCGCGGCCUCGCUGCACGACCUGCAGGCGCCGCCGAUGCGCUCGGUGAGCGACCUGCGGCAGUUCUUCGAGGCGGUGGCGCGCGGCGUGGGCGCCUGCUCGGGGCUGCAGCGCCACAGCGCGCCGCCCAACCCCGCGCCGCGCGCGUUCACAUCUCUCACCUGCGCUUGACCCUGUACAUACUGUAGAUUUGUAGAUACCCCGGCGUUGACCGCCGUCUAUCUCACUAAGUCGUUCGUUUUAAGACUGUUAAAAGUAUUGUUAUAGAUACCUAAUAUAAAAUGAAAUGUAUUAUCUAUUA